AUGGUGGUGCGCGAGGCGCCCCCGCUGGAGCAGGUGCAGCGGCUCGGCGCGCAGCUGCUGCAGUCGCGGGAGCACGUCAACAACGUCGUCGCGCUGCUGCGGUUCGCGGCGCAUCGCGACGGCGCGGUGGCGGCGGAGGCGGUGACGGUGCUGCAGGCGUUCUUCGCGCAGCUGCUGCGCUCGCACGAGCUGCUCCUCCACCCCGCCCCCGGGGCUCUGCCAGCAGCCUCACUUCCAGUGCCGCCGCGCCAGCCUUCCCCGCCUCUCACGCGCCCCUCCUAUCCCCCUCCUCCCCCACCACAACCCCCCCCUUUCCCCCCCACUCCCCGUCCUCCCCCCUCCUCCCCGUCCUCCCCCCUCCCCCAUUUCCCUUCGUGCAACGUGGCAGCCAACCGUGCGGGCGGUGCGAGCGGGCGGGCGGGGGAGGAGCGGGCGAAAGAGGAGGUGUAUCAGCAGUGGGCGCGCGCGCGGUAUGGCGAGUACACGGGCGCGCUCAAGGCGCGCCUCAGAUCCGCGGAGAGCAGCGCCGCCAGCAAGCGCAUAGCAGUGGAGCAUCUGAUGGAGCUGGCUCGUUUGGAAAAGAAGGGCGGCCUGGCUGGCGCCACCAUCAAUAAAAUACUCAUCCCGCUGGUGGAGGGCGAGGCGGGCGACCCCUCAGUGCUCGCCAAGUUCGCCUGCUUCUUCACCCAUGCUGACGUCAGGCGGCAUGUGUACGGGGCAGUGGAGCAGUUGUGUGCGACCAUGGCUGCUGCUGCCGUCAAUCACUCGAACCGCCUCCACUCACAGUGCGUGCAUCCCCAUUGGCUGCGCCUCACACCUGCUGCUGUGCUGCGAUCUACUCUUCUCACCUAUCCUGUCUUCUCCCCAAUACUAACCACUCCCUCCACGCACCAAUCACAGGACGCCAUGUGUCUCAACAUACUGGACGUGCUGCUAGCCAUGCCCAUGCCGCCUGCCCCCAAGGCGGGCGGCAAGAGGCUGCUGGCGGAGGUGGGGCAGGGCGGGGGCGAGCAGGACGAGUUGCUCUCCACGUGGGCGCUGCCUGCACCCCCCUCUGGUGCGUGCUGCCUUCCUUGGGUUGCGUCCCCACCGUUCCUUCUUCCCCGCACUUGCCGUUCUCGCUUCUCUCUCACUUGCCGUUCUCUCUUCUCUCUCGCUUGCCGUUCUCGCUUCUCUCUCACUUGCCGUUCUCGCUUCUCUCUCACUUGCCGUUCUCGCUUCUCUCUCACUUGCCGUUCUCGCUUCUCGCUCACUUGCGCUCAUCUCCCUGCCCACCACCCCCUCACUGCCGCUCUGCCUUGCGCUCGUCUCUUCCCCAACCCCUGUGGAGCGCAGGGGGAGCGCAGCAGCGGGGGGGCAAGCAGAGUGCACUCCUGCCCUCCCCCCACCCCUCUCACCUCUCACCUCGUCCAAUGCAUCGACUUCCUCACAGCAUCGUACGAGCAGGGAGGGGCGUGUGCGGUGGCAGCACUGGCGUCGCUGUUCCGGCUGGUGACGGAGCACGGCUUGGAGGCGCCGCACUUCUACCCGCGCCUCUAUCGCCUGCUCGACUCCUCCGUCUUCCGCGCCACCCACCGCGCCAAGUUCUUUGAGCUGCUGGAUUUGAGUCUGGCAUCACCUCUGCUCCCGGCGUACAUGGCAGCAGCCUUCACGAAGCAGCUCUUCCGUCUGUCGCUCUGUGCACCCCCCUCGGGCGCCAUAGUGGUCGUGGCGCUCGCCCACAACCUGCUGCGCCGCCACCCCGCCAUCGCCCCCCUCGUGCACCGCGCUGCCACCCCUGACACAUUCCAGGACAGCAGCAGUGACGAGGAGGAUGAAGGGGAAGACAAGCAAAGCACGCAGCGAGGGCAGGACGGGCAGGCCCAGCAGGAAGGGGAUAACAAGGAAGGGGAGAAGGCGGGGAAUGGCAAAGGCGAGGAGAGCAAUGCUGAUGGAGAGGAGGGUUCAGCUGGAGAGGAGGGAAGGGGGAGAAAAGACGGCCAAGGGAAAGGAGGAGGGAGUGGAGAGAGCGCAGCAGGAGCAGGGGAGGAGGGAGGCAGAGAGGGGAGGGCGACAGGGAGGGAUCCAUUUGAUGAGGAUGCUACCGACCUCAUGGCUGCCCGCGCCCUUGACAGCAGCCUGUGGGAGGUGGAGGCACUGCAGCGCCACUACUGCCCCGCUGUCUCACGGUUCGUGGCGUCACUGGAGAAGGACCUGUCGGAGCGCAGCAGCACGGUGGAGCUCAACGUCGCUGACUUCUCCGCCACCUCCUACGGCACCAUCAUGGCCGACGAGUUGGGGCGGCGAGUGAAGGCGGUGCCGCUGGCCUUCUUUGAGCGCACACCAACCACCCUCUUCCCCACCUCCUCAUCCUCAUCGUCUGCAUCUGCCAUUCCACAAUUUGGUAGUUUCCCUGGGUGGAAGUUGUUUUAA